AUAACAUUAAUUGAUUUCAGUAAAUCAUUUUAUAAUUAUUAAAGCAUCACUAUAUCAAAAAGUCAAGCUUUGAGAGUCGUCGAAACUCGCCUAUCAGAAAAAAAAAGACAUAUAUAAAAUGUCUUUUAACCAGAUGCUUAGCUAUGUUACAGAGAGUGUCUCAAAGAAUAUGGCACCUAUCCAAAUAUCAGGAGAGCAAGUCAAUCAGGUUGCCAAUCAAGCAAUGUCAUCAAUCGAUCACCUUGUCAAGCAGUUACCUGAUGCCGCAACGAUUCACCAACAGUCAAUCAACGUAAUCAAUUACUCAAAGCCAAAAAUUGCGGCCUUGUCUGAAAAUGCACCAAGUCUUGCGACUAUCUCUGGACAUUCAAAGCAUGCUCUGGAAUGCAUUUCGUCAUCAGCAAAUUUCGCUUACAGUAAUCUACCUAGUAAUGAGCAAAUGUCAAGUGUUGCAAAGACUGUUAUCGAAAACGUAAAAAAUACAGAAGGCAUGCAAAACACUGUCAAGGGUGUCUUGGAUCAUGUACCCAAUAGCGUCGCGAUUGGAGCUGCAGGUGCUAUAGCUGGCGGAAUUGUGGUUCCUCUUGCAGUUGCCGCACCACCGUUACUUUUAGGAUUCUGGCCUGGAGGAAUCUUGGCCGGCACUCCAGCCGCAGCAUGGAUGGCAUCUUUUGGUGGUGCCGUACCAGCAGGAAGUCUUCUCGCUGCUAUGCAGUCGUUAGGUGCACUUGGGCUGACUGCACCUAUAAUACCCAUUGCGGCCGCAAUAGGGUCUGCUGGAGGAGCUAUUUCAGGUGCAGUUUUUGGCUAUAAAACUGAGCCUAAUAAUACAAACUAG